CCAGAAUAAGUUUCAGCCUAUUCUUCAUCACGCUACCCUGGUUUCGUGGUGGCUGUGGAGUAAUGAGCUUCACUUAAAAUAGCACUUGGAACGAACUAAUUAACCAUCACGUACCACUUGGAGGCAACAGUCGGAAAAACUCAAUUGCUUCCAGCCUGUUGCGAUCAUUCAAAACCCUUCCUACGCGCUACCUCAAUUGCGAGGUCGGACCUCCUGUCCGGUGAGCAGUGAGCCGAGAUCAAAGGAAAUGGUCUAGUCCACCAUGGGUCCACGGCGAACACAUACCAAGUCUCGAACUGGGUGUCAGUCAUGCAAGUUACGGAAAGUAAAGUGCGAUGAGGCUAAGCCAAAAUGCAAUAAUUGCCUUCGCCAUGGGGUCGAAUGUAGUUAUAACACUGCUCCAACGGCAGCCAGUACCCCAACUGCAAGCAUUCCCACGGGACUGAGCCCCUUUGUUAGCGAGGCCGCCAGGCUGAGUUCAGAUGCCGCCACACCAGCCAUGGGCAUGGCGGAAAUGGCCCUAUUGCAUCACUAUAGCACCUCAACCUGCUAUACAAUCUCACGUCAUCCUGUCCUACAAACUGUAUGGCAGACUACCGUUCCCACAUUUGCCUUCUCCUAUCAAUUUGUCUUUCGCGGGAUUCUGGCGCUGGCCGCUUUACACUUGGCCCAUCUGAAGCCGGAUCUUCAGGACCAGUACGUCGAUGCAGCUGAAUUUCACCACAACCUAGCCCUGCAGAUGGUCUCAGGUACCAUCCCCCAAAUCAAUGAGGAAAAUGGACCGGCUGUGUAUCUCUUCUCCACAAUUACUUGCAUAAUCGGCUGUGCCUUGCCGCGAAAGCGCGAUGAUCUGUGGGUCAGCAAUGAUCGAGUUCUGCAGUGGUUAUUAUUGUUUCGAGGUACGGUCUCAAUUAUCACCUCGGUCAAUGAAUCGCUCAAAUCUGGUCCUUUGGCACCCAUGUUCACUCUGGGACGACGAAGAAGCCUUGCUUGGGAAGCCAGGUCGACCGCCAACCAGUCUUUUCUCGUCAACUUGCGGCGACUUAUCGAGGAUGCAGUUGAGGACCCGAUCGAGUUGAAAUGCUAUACAGAUGCCAUUGAUGACCUGGGGAAAUCUUUCGCGACGAUCCUUGAGGUCGGUUCCCCGAACUGUGAGACAGCCGACAUUUUCAUCUGGCUUCUCCGAAUUAGCGACCAGUUUUUAAAUCAACUGCAACAGCGGACACCGGAAGCUUUGGUGAUCUUUGGCUACUAUUGUGUUAUUCUCAAGGAGCUUGAGUGGGCUUGGUGGAUGCAAGGCUUUAGCAUCCACAUGAUACGUGCGAUAUAUCUCCACUUGGAUGAGGAGCAUCGCUGCUGGCUGCAGUGGCCUAUGCAACAACUCGGCUGGGUUCCUUGA